AAAACGCCAAAAAUGACAACUCGAUCAAAAUGUUUUGGCAAUUUAUUUAAUAAAAUUAAUCAGUGCAAAAUUUAAAUAACAUAAUUUCUUAAGAAAAUAAUGGUGCAAAAUGUCUAGGUCGGCUUUAAAAGACAAGGAGUCCAUUCAUCAUAGUUCUUCGAGGAGCCAUAGUGAUCACCGUUCAGAUAAAAGCAAUCAUCACUCGGUUCACUCUCCUCGAUCAAAAAGUUUAAAUUCAAGUGACAGAAAUAAGUCGCCACAUAGAAGCCACUCAGGAGACAAAAAAGCUUCAAAAUCAAAUGAUUCGCAUAUAAAAGAGUAUAACAAUCCAUGCGUACAUGGACCAAACUUAUAUGGGAAUGUUCUGGGACCUACGGUUGAUGAGCCUAUUUUAGUUGGUUUGGCAGCUCUCUUAAAGUUAUGCGAUGAUUCACUUGUACGAAACACUCAUUCUGAACAUGAAGAAAGGCUGCCACAUAUUGAAGAAAGCAUCAAGAAACCCCCCUCCAUUAAAAACGUUUCAUACAGCGACACAAAGCACAGCGAAUCUCAUUCCAUUGAACCUUCUCACCAUCAUUCUAGUAAAAGUAUUGAGAAAACGCCGUCUUCAAGUCAUCAUGAUUCCAAAAUUAGUAAAGAGAGUAAAUUAAUUGAAGGGAGUAAAUCAAUUAAAGAGAGUAAAUCAGAAGAGAAAAAUGAACUGACUGGUACAGAAUCAGAGGUUGAGCAGUUUAAUACCACACCUAGCAUAGAACAAAAAGAAAUUUCAGAAGAGAAACCGUCAAUCAUACAAGAGGUUCCUCCAAAUUCGUUAGUUUCAACAAAUCCUACCGACCACAGUAAUCACGCAUCUAAAAGCACCACACAUUCUCACGACAAGGUACCUUCCAACAACACAAUCGUAAGCGUAAGUACAUCGACAGCUACAGAAAGAUCACAAACAGUGAACAGUGCUGUUUCGACUAUGUCAACCGAAAGCAAAAACUCCCAGACACAAUCCAACUCUCUUAAAUCGACGGAAUUUCAAACUGAUGAUGAUAACUUGAAUGACAGAAGCAGUACCCAAAACGAAAGCUGCAACACCGACCAACAAUCCAGUACUCACACGGAUAGUAGUACUGAUCAUGAUCUUUCUCAUCUAGAAUCUUCUUCCUUAAGAUCUUCUUUAAAGAAUAGUAGUGAUACUAGUAGUGGGUCUAAACAAUCCUCGACCAGUUGCACUUGUUCAUGUCCCCAGAAACAUUCAGUGCCUAAUUUGUGCCCAGGGAAAGUAGGAAUCUGCAAAAAAACUUCAACAUCAUGCAGUAGCUGUUGUGUUCGAAAACACGUGAAAGCUUGUUGUAAUUGUUCAACUGGUAGAUCAACGUCUACUUCAGAAAAUGCAUGCAAAAAGCAAAUGAGCAAUGAAAGCCAAGGGGACGUUAAGGUAUCCGAAGUCCGAUAUGCGAUAACAAAAAUUACAAAAUUCUGUAGUUAUACGACUUUUGAAGUAAUGAAAUCGACUAAGAAACAACCUAAAGUGAUGCCAAAAUGUCUGGAAGGCGUAUUUGUUUUAAGAAAUAAAAAAUGUAAUUAAAGAA